CCUCUGGUGUCAUGGAGAUGUGGGGUGUCCUAACUUUGGCCUUCCUCUUGGCCAUCUCCAGUUGCCAUGGCUACUCUGACCUUCUUGCCAAGUGCUUCCAGGAUCCUGAGUAUGAAGCUAUUCUGAAAACAGCCUAUGAGGGGCUUGGGGCCUCUGCCUCUAAGAAGCAUGUCCUGGUGGUGGGUGCUGGAAUGUCUGGAUUGAUAGCAGCCAAGACCCUUCAGGAUGCUGGACACAAGGUGACAGUCUUAGAAGCUGGGAAGAAAAUUGGAGGAAGAGUAUCAACAUUCCGGAGCCCAGACAAUAAAUGGUACAUUGAACUUGGUGCCAUGAGAUUGCCAGCCAACCACAGGUUGGUCCGAUACUAUGUGAAGAAGCUUGGUCUGAAAUUGAAUACCUUUAUCCAGUCUAGUAACAACACCUGGUAUUAUCUUAAUGGCCGCCGGCAUAGAACUUCAGAUGUACAUGCCAACCCCAACAUCCUGGGCUAUCCUGUGGAAUCUGAGGAGUUAGGCAAGAUGCCUGAUAAACUCUUCAAAGAAGCAAUAGCUAAGGUGGUAGAAGAACUGAAGCAUAAUAGCUGUAAGCACCUGUUGACCAAGUAUGACACCUUUUCCACCAAGGCCUACCUGAUAAAGGAGGGAAAGCUGAGUAGUGGAGCUGUCCAGAUGAUUGGAGAUAUCAUGAAUGAAGAUGCAGGCUACUACAAAUCUUUCUUGGAGUCCCUGAGGAGUGACAAUAUCUUUUCUCAGCCAGAUGGGUUUGAUGAAAUCACUGGUGGUUUUGAUCAACUCCCAAAUGCCCUCUUCCAAACCUUAAAGCCUGGUACUGUCUUACUGGAGUCCACAGUGGAGAAGGUAAAGAAGAUUGGAUCUAAGAUCAAGAUUACCUACCGAAGACCCAAUUCAGAGCAGUCCACCAUCACAGGUGACUUUGCCAUCAUCUCUUCAUCAGCCAAGGCCACACGCCUCAUCCAAUUUGAACCACCACUCUCCCUGUCCAAGCAAGAUGCCCUCCGCUCCAUUCAUUAUAGCAGUGCCACCAAGGUUGCCCUGGCCUUCAAGGAACGCUUUUGGGAACGAGAUAACAUCAAAGGUGGGGCAACCAUCACAGACCUGCCCACUAGAUUUAUCUACUACCCCAGCCAUAAUUUCUCUGGCAACUUAAGUGUCCUUUUGGCUUCCUAUACUGUGGGUGAUGACUCCACCUUUUUCCUGGGCAUGAAAUAUAAUAAGUUGGUGGACCUGGUGCUGGAUGACUUGGCAACUAUUCAUCGGAUUUCUAAGAAAGAGCUUCAGGAUUUAUGUGAGACAUCUGUGGUGAAACGCUGGUCCCUAGACCCAUUAACCCUGGGUGCAUUUGCCGAGUUCACCCCUUACCAGUUUGUUGACUAUUCAAAAAGACUCUUUGAACCUGAGGGAAACAUUCAUUUUGCUGGUGAGCACACUUGUCUGCCCCAUGGCUGGAUCGACACAGCAAUCAAAUCUGGGAUCCGGGCAGCUCGGAGCAUACAGACAGCCAUUGAUGAUGCUGUUGACUAUGAUGAUGACUAUGAUGCUGAUCCUGACUAUGAUUCUAAGUAUAAUGCUGAUGUGAUUUUGAAUGAGGGAUCAUCUUUCUUUCAGGGAAUGAAAGAAAAGUCCCAAAAUGCCUGUUCUUCAAAGAGUGACCAUUGAGAGAUGGGAAGAUACAGGAGGUAGAAAUGAGAAGUGGGAAAAAGAUAAGAUAGGCUUCCAUUCGCAUAGCUUAGGGAUUGACAUACAAAAAAAAUAAAUUCAGUGAAACCAAUAUUUAUGGCAAUUUGUCCAUAAGUUUAUAGACAAUUGACUAUUAAAAUGGGCAAGAGAUCAAGUCUAAUCACACAAUCAAAAUAACCAAAAGGCUCCUUAGAGGCUGUCUAGCCUUAUCCAUACUUCAUCAAAAAGAUUUCUUUGUGUUUCUCUCAAGAGAAUCAAGGGUUUGAGCUCUCACUGCCGACCUCCAUAUACUGGGUUUUAGGACAGGGCAGAGCAAAAGCUUGACUUUCUUGCAUAAUUCAGGAAUAAAGGAGCUGGGUGGAGAGAAUAGGUAGCUCAGCAAGACCUCUCCCAGUGAUCUUGAAAGCACAUUUGAAAUCUAGCUAUUCCAAGAGGCCCACAGUUAAGGGCAAACAUUUUUCCUAGGACCUAUUCUAUCUAACAGAUGUAUCAAUUGUAACCUGGCCAACCCCCCUGAAGGCCUCCAGAUAGUUUUGGUAGCCUCAGGGAAGAGAGAGACAAGGGUAUGCAAUUAUAACAGUUCUUUGGCACAGGGAACAAGAAGCAUGGGAUCUAAAGCUAUCUGGCCAUUCAAUUCUCCUUUCCAGUAGAAAAAAAUUCUCAUUGAACAAUAGGAUAUAAUAAAUCAGCAAUAUAAUUUCUGGGGGCUGAAUAAAUCAUAUUUCAUGCAUUUAUGUGCACCAUUAUUUUUUCAAAUGUAUAUGCUUAUAGAUAUGAUCAAUAAAAUAUGAACUUGUCACUUAUGUCAAUCAACCAACAAGCAUUUAUCAUCUGCUAUGGUACCAAGUACCAUAUUGUGCAUGUAGGGCGAGGUGGGGUGAUAUAAGGACAAAAAUGAAACCAUUUCUUUAAAUAAAUAAUGUUUUAACAGGGAAAGCAUAUAUACAUAUAAAUACAAAAUGCUUUGUUGUAGUUCCUUAUUCUGUAAGAUAACCAAAACAACAUCAUUAUAUUAAAGUCAAGUUAUAGUAUAUCUGAUUGUGACUUAUCAGAAAAAUAAGAACUUGGAAUGCUUUUCCACAGUUACUACUUCAUAUAAUAUUUGGAGUGAAUUCUCUAACUUUGUGCAUCUCGUGCUUCUUUUGAACUAAUAAAACUAUUUUGAUGUAGCAAA